GAUAACGAUUGGAAUGCGUUUCAGUCAAAAUAUAUCGCUAUCUCUCUCUUGCUUUCUGCCCUGAGUCUUCAUCGCUGUAAUGUAAGUGAUUAAUGGCAAAUUCGUGAAAGUCGGUUUGAGAGAUAAAACUAGGUAGGGUGCGAAUUGUGGUCGGCCAUGGGGUGCAAAAGCUUCAAACCCGAGGUCUUCUACACGAUUCCAAUUUGCGGGCUUGUCUUUGGAUUGGUGUGCGCCUCGUUAAUCACCAACCAUUGGGUGGAGGGUGUGGCCAAGUUUGAAGAGGGCGGCGAAGAUGGUCGAGUCACAUUCUACUACGGAUUGUUUUCCGGCUACAAAUCGAAGGUGGUCUCUUCUUUGACCCUGGGACACGCUUUGGGGGUGGUGUGUCUCCAUGGGCAAUGCAUGUUUUCAUGCGCAGACUCGAAGAAGUUGGAUAUAGAGGACAUCUUGGGCGACUGUCCUUACACGAAUGUCGAAGGAGAUCUUUUCUUUUGUGAAAAUUCAGAGAAGAGUUCCAAGGGCGACAAAACGGACAAAGUGUGCGAUGGCACCACUUACAAUUCAACGGAAAUUGGUCGAGAUGAAUCGGAGCGCAUGUUUGGGGUGGGUUUAUUCGCCACUGUGGGAAUGUUUCUGAUUCUGGGCCUGAUCUUCACGCUUCUCUCGGGUCUCUUGGGGGUGUUCAACGCCUUUAGCAACCCUAUCGAAUGGUAUACAGGGUUGUACGGCCUCGUUGUGCUUCACAGUAUCUCAGCUUGCUUGUAUUUUUUGGUCUCGGCACUCUAUGGAGGGCUUUUUGACCAGCAAUUGAAGAAUAAUGCUCCCAUCAGUGAUGUGAUCAGAUUCGGCGACAAAAAUAAUUGGAGCUCGAACAAAGGAUCCUCGCUCGGUUACUCAUACUGGUUGAUUUUGUGCUCGUUUUUCUUGCACGUGGUGGCCUUGGCUUUAGUGGGAUAUUUCAUCUAUAAGAAGUACAAGCCCAAAAGACGGAUAACCGAGGUCUCGGCCGAGCAGAAAAGGUCCGACCACACUAACAUGCUUUUUUGAUUAGUUGCACAUUUACAUAACAUAAAUUACAAAUUAGGGACACUUAA